UUAAAUAUUUUGUACACUUGUGUCUUGUGUAGUUGUGUGUGUGUGUGGCUUUAUUAUUAUUGUCGUUUGUUUUUCGUUUAGGUACAAUUUUUUUUUUAUUUGUUAAACCGUUUUCUAUGACUUGCAUUAUUUUCGAUUUCGACACACUCUACUACUGCGGUUGUCCGUACUCUUCGUCACCGAAUUUAUAAAUCGUUUUUUAUUGCCACGACCGUUGUGUACUUGUGUGGUGCAUGAUGAGUGCAUUCAAAUGUUUUUGCCUGCUGUUGCCUACUUUAUUUGCGAUUACAGUCACAUUAGUACAAUGCGAUGAUGGUUUGUUCAGGGUGAAACUCCACAAAAUUGAGAGUUUACGUAAUCAGCUCAGAGGGAAAAAUUCCAAUAUUUUAGGCCAGAUUCAACGUCGCUAUGAUCCGCUCAAUGCCGAACCAUUGUCCAACUAUUUAGACGCUCAAUACUAUGGACCGAUUUCUAUUGGAACUCCCCCUCAACCCUUUAAUGUGGUAUUUGACACGGGUUCGUCGAAUCUGUGGGUACCAUCAAAACAAUGUAGUGUUUUGAACAUAGCAUGCAUGUUACAUAACAAGUAUGAUAUGUCAAAAUCAACUACAUAUCAAAAGAAUGGAACAGAGUUUUCGAUUCAUUACGGUUCAGGAAGUUUAUCGGGCUACUUGUCUACCGAUGUCAUUUCUAUGGAUGGAACUUCAAUUAUUAAUCAAACUUUUGCUGAAGCAAUCAAAGAACCAGGACUUGCUUUUGUUGCUGCAAAGUUUGAUGGAAUACUUGGUUUAGGAUACAACACAAUUGCUGUUGAUGGAGUCGUUCCCCCGUUCUACAAUAUGGUUAAUCAAGGCAUUAUAAAAAGUGCUAUAUUCUCAUUUUAUUUGAACAGAGAUCCGUCUAGCACUCCUGGUGGUGAAAUAAUAUUUGGUGGAUCUGAUCCUGAAAAGUAUACUGGACCGUUUACUUAUGUUCCUGUUACCAGGCAUGGUUAUUGGCAGUUUGGUCUAGAUGAAGUAAUUGUUGGCAAUACAUCAAUUGUGAGUGGAGCCCUUCAAGCAAUUGCUGAUACUGGCACCAGUUUGAUUGCUGGACCCGUUGACAAUAUUAAACAAAUCAAUGAGCUUCUUGGUGGUACUGCCAUACCGGGAGGAGAAUAUAUUAUUGCAUGUGAUCAAAUCGAUAAUUUACCUGUGAUAUCAUUUGUAAUUGGUAGCACAACAUUUAAGCUUGAAGGAAAAGACUACAUAUUGAAGGUGUCUCAAUUUGGAAAGACCAUGUGUAUAUCUGGUUUUAUGGGUAUUGACAUUCCUCCUCCAAAUGGUCCAUUGUGGAUAUUGGGAGACGUCUUCAUCGGUCGUUACUACACCGAAUUUGAUCUAGAAAACAACAGAGUUGGUUUUGCCAAUUCUAAAUAAGAGUUUUGUAAUCAAUGUGUACCAUAACCAAACUUGGUUUUGUACGCAGAAAUCAAUGAACUGAAUAAACAAAGCUAUAUUUUAUUUUAAUGUUUUUUUAAUGAUUAAAAAUAAUUAUCGAAUAUUAGAACUUUCAUACUUCUUUGUCAGGGAUGAUUUAAAAAAAAAUUUAUGAUGGGAAGCAUUGUAGUAGUCUUUAAAAUGACCAACUAGAUUUAGAAAUGUAAAUUUUUAAAUGUCUGAACUAAUUUACAUAUGUUGAUUAAAAAUUUAAUAUUGCAGCUGAAUAUGGAGGUGUCAUGACUCCCCUCCCCUCUAGUUUGUCCCUUUAGUGACACUUUUUAUGUUAUUUUAAGACUAAAAAUAUAGUAUUUUCUGUAUUUAGAUGAUAAGUAAAAUAAAUUAUAUAUUUGUAAUGAGA